CGGGGGCCGUUGGCCGUUAACGGCCGCGCGGGCCUGCUGGGGGGGAGGAGCGCCGCGAGGGAGCAGGGCCGCGGCGAGCUAGGCCGGGCCGCUCACAGCGUGUGUCCCCUGCUGGGAGGAGGGUGUCGGGUGGUCUUCGGCCGAGGUCAGCUCUGCCUUUCCUCCAAGGCGCGAUGCCGCCUAAGGGGCGCGGAAGAAGCAAGCUGCCCGCUCCUCUGCCGGGAGGCGCGAUCCUGAAAGACACCGCAGGAAAAGCCUGGAGGCUGGGCAGCCAGAUCGGCCAGGGAGGAUUUGGCUUAAUCUAUUUAGCUUCCCCUCAAACUCAUGUUCCUGUAGAAGAUGAUGCUGUGCAUGUAAUUAAAGUGGAAUACCUAGAAAAUGGCCCCUUGUUUUCUGAACUGAAAUUUUACCAGAGGGCUGCAAAACAAGAGCACAUAAGAAAAUGGAUGAAUCUCAAAAAAAUAAAAUGUUUAGGAAUUCCAGUGUUUUGGGGAUCAGGCUUGGCUGAAUACCAGGGGAAAAGCUAUAGAUUCAUGGUCAUGGAGAGACUGGGGGAAGACCUUCAAAGAAUCUUUGAAGAUUCUGGAAGUAGGUUUAGGAAGGAGACUGUUCUUCAACUUGGGGCACGAAUUUUGGACACUUUGGAAUAUAUACAUGAAAAUGAGUAUGUUCAUGGUGACAUUAAAGCAGCAAAUCUGCUUCUGGGCUACACCAACCCACACGAGGUUUAUCUUGCAGAUUAUGGACUUUCCUACAGAUAUUGUCCCAAUGGGAACCACAAACAGUAUCAAGAAAAUCCUAGGAAGGGCCAUAAUGGGACAAUAGAGUUUACCAGCUUAGAUGCCCACAAGGGAGUAGCCCCAUCUAGACGAGGUGACCUUGAAAUCCUUGGCUACUGCAUGCUGCAGUGGUUAUGUGGGAAGCUACCCUGGGAACAGAACCUGAAGGACCCUGUGGCUGUCCAGACUGCGAAAACAAAACUUAUGGAUGAGCUCCCACAUUCAGUGAUGGAAUGGGAUUCUUCUGGAAGCAAAUGUAGUGAAAUAUCCAAGUUUUUGGCAUGUGUUUAUGGCUUAGCUUAUGAUGAAAAGCCAAAGUAUCAAGUGCUAAAGAAAAUCCUGCUGGAUGGACUACAGUCAAGUGGAACUCGCUACGAUGGCCCUCUGGAAUUUUCCUCUGCAGGAUGCACCCUAAAUCAUUGUGCUUCUAAAAUGUCAGAAGUCUGCUUACCAAAGCCUAUGCCAAAGCCAGUUCAACAGAAGCAAAAAAGAAUGGAAGGUGAAGAAUAUGUCUGUCAAAACAAAACCUGUACUGGGGUAACACGCAGACAACUCCAAGAUGAAGAAAAGCCAAUUAAAUUAAACACAACACUUCACCAAAGAGAGCCUCAGCAGAAUUACUGUCUGUAUUAUCAACAGGUUCAUGUACCAAAGCCUUCACCGAAACCAGUACAACAGAAGCUAAACAAGAUGAAAGAUGAUGACUGUAACUGCCUAAGCAGGCCUCAUGCUCGGGUAACACGCAGACAAUUCCAGGCAGAAGAGAAGCUAAUUAAAUUGAACGACAUGAUUCAGCAGCCUGAACUACAGAAGAGAGAGACUGGAAGAGAAUUACCACACCUGCACUCUCAAGCAGUAUUCUGGGAAGACAAAAAGAAACAAGAUCAACACUUAAGUACAGAUAAUCUAGUAUUUUUGCAAGAAACCAGUUUUGGUAUUACUAGUUCUUUUAUACCCACUAGAUUUAGGCUUGCAUUUACUGGAGAAAUAUACUGCUACGGUAUAACUAUACUUGUGCUUCUAUUAUUAAUAUCACUUUCCUUGUAUUUUCUUUGAUGCAACUGCUUCAAAUGUCUUCAGUUUAAGUGCAGUGGUGUUCAUAUCAAGCUGUUUUUCUAUUUUUCAAAGUUUCUUCAUGGAGGACUUCAAUGUCAGGGGCUUGGAAAAGAUUUUUGUAAAAUAUCAUUGUAAAUACAUAUCUUCUAAAAGCAAGUUCUAUUAAACUUUCAAAAUCUACACUGAAUAAGUUACACAUGCACUAAACUAUUUUUAUUACUCUGUUUUCUACCGUUGGUGUUGGGAUUCUUUUUCUUUGAUAUAGCAACAUUAAAAAAUAUCAUCAAA